AUGAAGAGACGUAAUGAAGCUCAUAAUAGGGCGCGCAAAACUCGAGACGAAAGUCACAUUCAAGUCUACAAAGAAUUGAAAUAUAUUGUCAACACCGCUAUCGCUACCGAAAAAAAGGCCUAUUUUGACCAAUAUAUUAACAAGAAUUACAAUAACCCCCGUAAGCUCUGGAAACAUCUUAAAAAUACAAUUAAUAUUCAAAAUAAAAAUGAUACUCCACUUCCAGAAUACUUAAGUAAUCCAGAUGAAAUAAACGAUGCAUUCUUAAAUGUGCCCGGUUCAGACUUUGUAUCUUCGUCAGUUUUAGAUAUUGUACAGGAGAGGAGAGCGAUCAAUAAGUCAUUUAAGCUGACACCCAUCAAUGGACAAGAUGUUUUGAAAGUGCUUCGGUCAUUGCAUUCUAAUGCCAGCGGAUCUGAUGGGAUAUCACUUGAUAUGUUGCUCUCAACUUUACCAGAUUCAGAAGUAGUUAUCACAAAAAUAAUAAAUGAUUCUAUUAUGACCAACACUUUUCCAUCUUCGUGGACUGAAUCAGUCGUUAGACCAAUCCCGAAGAAUUCUAAUCCAUCAGAAGUAAAGGACUUAAGACCUAUUAGUUUGCUUUCUUGCCUUUCCAAAGUACUAGAGAAGAUUGUUAGUAAUCAAUUAACGGAGUUUGUGGAAGCGAAUUCUAUUCUACCAGCUGUACAAUCAGGGUUUAGAAAAAAACGUAGUACUACUACAGCCCUACUUAGCGUCUUAGAUGAAAUCCUAUUGGUCAGUGAACUAGAAGAUCACGAGAUCCUGGGCUCGAAAAGGUCUUGGCAUAAUUUACGUAAGGUAUUUGGAAUCUAA